AUGCCACCAAACAACCGCAAAAAGAAGAAGCCUGCCUCCAAUCCCGCCCGGGGUUUCGCAACCGUCUCCGUGCCCUCCAAGCCCAAGACUGCCGAGUCGUCCGCUCCCGUCUCGGCCGCGGAUUCCAAGUCGGUGUCGGAAAGCGAACGACCGACCCCCGCGGAGGGAGCCCAACCGACAGUAGAGCCCACGCAAGAGGCGGCGUCAUCGUCGUCAUUACAGAACUAUACCCCCGAGGAACUCGAGAAACACCUGGAGGAUGCCGAACUGCAACUGCUGGUGGAAAAAUAUGCCUCCAAGUGCCGGAGUGACGCCGCCCGCCAGGUCACGAAACUGGAGACGGAACGACGAGUCCUCCGGCAGCAGUCCGUUUCUAUCAAUCUGCUAGAGUGGUUCCCCACGGAGGUGCUGAACUCCAUCCUGAGUCUGGCGGAGAACGAGGAGCGUGAGCUCAGCCCCGUUCCCGGAAGGGAGGCGGGGGGCCAGAAGAAGCCCAUCUCCGAGGAAGAGCUGUAUAUGAGGCUGUGGACCCUCAAAGAGACCCUCCUCAAACUCGGCUUCCCGGAGGACAAAGUAAAUGAGUCGCUGAAACACCUGCUGGUCUACUUCUCGGGUAAUUUCGCCACGACCAAUAGGGAGGUGGUCUGCAACCUGGACGAGGCCCUGGACUGGCUCGCGAUGCAUUGCACCCCCAAGGAACUCCCCUCCUACAUGCAGCCAAAUGCGCAGCAGCAGCGCAACGAGUCAGAUAAACACAUCUCCUGGAUAACCGAUCGUGAGCCAUCACAAUCCUCUACUCCAAAUCUGGCCCCGCCUAAUAGCAAACUGAAAAAGCCCAAAAGCCCAGUAAAGGAGCCCAGUAUUUCUCUCCAGUCGAGCCCGUACGACUCGGACAGCUCGCUGGACCCGGACACCCUGGUCCCGAAGUAUUUGGACCUGCAAACCCGGCUGUAUGGCCUGCGACCAGAAUUGUUUGACCAGCCCAGGAAGGGCAAGAAAGGAAGCCGUAAGCCGGUAGAGGCCGAUGUGCAGGAUCCUCAGAUAGCGAAGCUCCAACGCAAGGUUGCCAGCAUCGAAAAUGACGUGUUGUUUGACCGGCACGAGGCCGAAUACAAGUGGAUGGACAAACUCGACGACCUCCGCAAAGAGGCUGCUUUUGUCCGGCGCGUUCAGCCCGAGGAGAAAGCGGCCCUAGAGGAGCCCGAGAAGAAAGCAGAGUUGGAAGACGACAGCGCGCCACCGCUCGACACGGAGGAAAACGUCGACCUGCUAGGGGACAUGUUCCAAGACGAGGAGCCCGGCUUGGAGGUCGGCGUCUUAACUGAAGAGUUAAACAAAGCCUUCGUCAAGAUGCGCGACUUUGGGAAAUGGACGGGGCUGAGCCCCCGACGAGUGCUGGAGGAAACGUGCAAAGCCAGGGAUACGGGGUGUAAGAUCACAUUCAAAAACUCAUCCGCUUCAUCACAUUCGAACAAGCAAGCGAUUGAAGUUCGAUGGUCGAAGCCGCAGGAGACCCCCUUCCCUUUUGUAUGGGAGACUACAACGCACAACUCGAACGCCUACGCCACUUUCGUCUCCAUGGACUCGGUGGCGACGCCCACUUCCCAGCAGGCCGAAGCUUUUGUCUCAACUCUGGCUCUUUUCGUCAUAUUCCCCCAGAGCUCCAAGGAAGGCAAGGCUUACCUACGCCUUCCGGCCGCGUGGAGGGAACUCUGGACCGAAUUUGCCGAGGCCAAAAAGCUUCAAGAGGAUGGGAUCGACAAGCAGGUGGUCAGGGAUUUGAAGAAGCUCGUACAAGAUAAUCACGGUUCCUUCGAAGAUGAUGUGGUCUUGUCCCAUAACUUCCGGAGGCGAAACGGGACGUCCAGCAAGCCAGAAUCCCCUGUACGGGGACCCAGCAUGAAGGACAGUUCCGAACCUAAUGCAGAGCUGACCAGGAUCUGGACUGAAAAGGCAUCCACUGCCUCGUUCCAGUACAUGGCCCUAGGCAGAAUGAACCUGCCCAUCUGGAACUUCCGGGAUGAGAUUCUCCACACGCUGGACACCCACCGUGCGCUGAUCAUUUGCAGCGAGACAGGAAGUGGUAAGAGUACGCAGAUCCCGUCGUUCAUCUUGGAGCAUGAGAUGAUGCAGGGCCAUCCCUGCAAAAUCUACGUGACAGAACCUCGCAGGAUCUCAGCGAUUUCUCUCGCCCGUCGAGUGAGCGAGGAAUUGGGCGAGAACAAGAACGAUGUCGGCACGGCGCGCUCGCUCAUCGGUUUCGCCGUCCGGUUGGAGAGCAAAGUCAGUCAGUCGACGAGACUUGUCUUCGCGACUACGGGAGUCGUGGUGCGAAUGCUGGAGCGUCCGGACGACUUCCGGGACAUCACCCAUGUUGUUCUCGAUGAGGUGCACGAACGUUCGAUCGACAGCGAUUUCCUUCUCAUCGUCCUUCGCCGCUUGAUGCAGAGGCGGCCUGACCUGAAGUUGAUCCUCAUGUCCGCCACGCUCGAGGCGCAGCGCUUCUCGACCUACCUGGGGGGCGUCCCGGUGCUGAAUAUCCCAGGCCGGACUUUCCCCGUGGAGAUGAAGUUCCUGGAAGAUGCCGUAGAAAUGACAAACUACCGCCUGCUGGAGAACGAGUCGAAUGUGACCCUCGAGGAAGAUUCCGACGAGCUCGAAGCGGCCCAGGGCGAUACACCCGGCGGUCUUCUGGCUACGCUCGAUGGAUAUUCCAAGCAGACCAGAGAGACUGUCAUGAACCUGGACGAAUACCGCCUGGACUACCAGCUUAUCAAGAAGCUGGUUGUCCAGAUCGCAUCGUCGCCUGACAUGACGCACUACAGCAAAGCGAUCCUUAUCUUCAUGCCCGACCAGGAGAAGGCAUUCGUUGUGCCCCCUGAGGGCAUGAGAAAAAUUGUGAUUGCCACCAACAUUGCAGAGACAGGUAUCACUAUUCCGGACAUCACUGCCGUGAUUGACGCAGGAAAGGAGAAGAGCAUGCGGUUUGACGAGCGACGCCAGCUCUCCAGGCUGGUCGAGACAUUCAUCUCGCGAGCCAACGCGAAGCAGCGACGAGGACGAGCCGGUCGUGUGCAGAAUGGAAUCUGCUUCCAUCUGUUUACCAAGCACCGACACGAAAAGCUGCUUGCCGAACAGCAGACCCCCGAGAUGCUGCGACUGUCCCUUCAGGACCUGGUGCUUCGAGUCAAGAUCUGCAAGCUGGGCGAGGUGGAACCGACGCUGCUGGAAGCCCUGGACCCGCCGUCGCCCAAGAACAUCCGUCGCGCCAUUGACUCCUUGAAGGAGGUUAAGGCUCUGACGAACGCAGAGAACCUGACGCCUCUUGGGUUGCAGCUGGCCAAGCUACCCCUGGACGUCUUCCUGGGGAAGCUGAUCAUCCAUGGCGCAUUCUUCCGAUGCCUGGACGCCGCCGUCAGCAUCGCAGCCAUUCUCUCCUCCAAAUCGCCCUUUGUCAACACCAUGGGAUCCAACAGCCAGAAAGACGUCGCGCGGCUAUCCUUCCGUAAAGGUGACUCGGACCUGCUCACCGUGUACAACGCGUACUGCGCGUGGAAACGCGCGCGCAACACGCCCGGGGUGAGCGAGUACGCCUUCUGCCGGAAGAACUUCCUCAGCUCGCAGACGCUCCUCAACAUCGAAGACGUCAAGAUGCAGCUGAUCGUCUCCAUCGCCGACACGGGCCUGUUGACCCUGGACCCGGCUCAAAAGGCCUCCCUCAACCGAUCUCGCUCCAGCAACCGCUCGCGCCAGUUCUUCACCAUCCCAGACGAAUACGACCACAACAGCAUCAACGACACCGUCGUCAACUCCGUCAUCGCCUGGAGCUUCUACCCGAAACUCCUGACCCGCGACGGCAAGGGCUGGCGCAACGUCGCCAACAACCAAUCGGUCUCUCUCCACCCGACCUCCGUCAACAAGCACCCCGACGGGUCCGUCAGAUGGCUCUCGUAUUACCAUAUCAUGCAGGGCCGCAACAAGAACUACAACGCCUUUGAGACCACCGCCGUGGAUGACUUCGCCAUUGCCUUGUUGUGUGGUGAGGCUGAGUUCAAGAUGUACUCCGGCGUCAUCACCAUCGACGCCAACCGCAUCCGCUUCUCCAUCCGCGACUGGAAAUCCAUGCUCGCCUUGAAAACCCUCAGCCUGCGCAUCCGCGAUAUCCUCCAAUCGACCUUCCGCGAGCCCCACAAGGUCCCCUCGUAUAAACAGCAGCAGUGGCUUGAUCUCUGGCAGCUGAUCUUUGCGCAGGUUCAGGCCGCGAAGAAGUUGCCUUGA